CAUCGUAAUCGCAACCAAUCUUGCGAUCAUGACCGAUACUCCAAAUCAUGUGAGGAACUAAAAAUUCUAAAUAAGGACCAACUUUAGUUAUAUGCUUAAUCUAAAAAAAAAAGAAAAAAAAAAAGCUAAAAAUUCUCUUUUUGUGACUAAACUGUAGUUAGUGGAAGAAAACCAAGAUAAAGAAUCUCGAUGUCAUCAAAAAGUAAAUCAAUUUUGUUUUUAUCCACCACCACCAUGUACCAAAUCGUGUUCCAAAGAUUCAAAUUCAGUCACUCCUCUCUCCUAAAAAGGGCCACCCACAAAUAUAUUCCUUUUUAUCCACCUCAGAACUUCAAACAAACUCACCUCAUCUACUCUGUCACACAACUAACAUACCCGAAAAAGAUUUUUGUGUGUUUUUUUCAGCUCAAAUGUUUGUAGCUUCGCUUUGUGAGCUGGAUAGUGAAAUACCCAUCAAAAGAUUUCAAGGUAAGAGCUCUGGAAAACACAAUUUUAGAAGAUUUGGUUUUGCUUUGACUUUGGUGGUAUUGUUGUUGGGUUUUGUUUUUUUUGGGUUUUGUGAUGAUGAUUUUCCAAUGGUUUCAGUGCCUCUUGGUUUUGAGAUUUCUGGAUUUGAUAGGAGUAGAAAUUGGGUGUCUGAAAAUGGGGUUUUUGCAUUUGGGUUCUUGGAGAAAGAUGGUGAUGAUGUUGAUGGGUUUGUUGUUGGUAUUAGGUAUAACUUAAUUGAGCAGAAAGCUGCUACUGUCGUUCCUAUUUGGACUGUUGGUGGGGGUAUUAGGGUUUCUAUGAACUCCACAUUUAGGCUUUCCACUGAUGGGAGGCUGCUCUUGUUUCAAAACCCUAAUGGUUUGGUUGUUUGGAGUAGUAAUACCUCCAGUUUUGGUGUUCAAAAGGCUAGUCUUUUGAACACUGGCAAUCUAGUUCUUCUUGGUGUUGGAGAUGAAGUGGUUUGGGAAAGCUUUAAUUGUCCAACAAGUACUUUACUUCCCGGUCAAUCUCUCCAUUUCCCCCAAAACCUUAGAGCCCCUUCCACCAAAUCAAUUUCGAGUUACUACAAUUUGGUGAUUCGGCAGAAUGGUGAGCUUGCCCUCGAAUGGGAACGCAAUGUAACCUAUUGGAGGAGUCAUUUGAGCUUCUCUGCUGUUGUCAGGGAAGCAAGGUUUGAUUCUAAUGGUGUUUUAGGACUCUAUGAUGAUGUCAACAGGACGGUCUGGUUGGUAUCAAGUAAGGAUUCGGGAGAUCCUUCUGUCGAUUUGAGGCAUCUUAGGAUUGACCCGGAUGGGAACUUGAGAAUUUAUUCAUGGGAUAGUAAGCUUCAUAGUUGGAGAGUUGGGUGGCAAGCUGUUGAGGACCAGUGCAAAGUGUUCGGUUCUUGUGGCUUAUAUAGCUUAUGUGGAUAUAAUUCCACCGGACCUGUUUGCGAUUGCUUGUACUCGAAUUCCUUAGAUUGGGGGACUGGUGCUCCAGCAAUGGAUUCAGGUGGUUCAGGGUGCAAGAAAAUGGUGGAUUUGGGGAACUGCAAGAUGCGUACGAGUAUGUUGGUUAUGAAACAAACAGUUCUGUAUGGUCUUUAUCCCCCUGAAGAUAUUGAUAUCAUGUUGAGUGAGGAAGCCUGCAAAGAGUACUGCUCCAACGACACUAGUUGCAUUGCUGCAACAUCAAAGAAUGAUGGUUCCGGUUACUGCACAAUCAAAAGAACCAUCUUUGUCAGCGGGUACAAGAAUCCGUCUGUCCCUGCAACAUCUUUCUUGAAGGUGUGUUUGGUUCCUCAGGCAGUUUCUGCUCAAGGAGCAAGUAAUGCAGAAUCAAUUUCUUUGUUGUCCGGUAGAUUCAUAGCUCGAGGAGGCAGCUUAAAAAAAUUUAUAGGAGUUAUUGCUUUAAUAAUUGUGGUGACAGUCUUGCUUAUGUUGGCCGUGGAGAUAUCUGUCUUUUUGUUUGUUUACCGGAGAAGAAAAUUUGAAGCUCAAACAAGGAUUCCUUUUGGGAAGGAUGCCCAAAUGAACCCACAUUACAGUGUUGUCAUCAGACUAUCUUUUGAAGAGAUAAAAGAAUUGACUGCCAACUUUUCGACCCAGCUUGGCCCAUCUGUAUUUAAGGGCAUACUCCCUAACAAAACACCUGUAAUUGCUAAGGUGUUGAAUGAUGUGAUUGUCUCCGAGAAAGAUUUCCGAGUGGCAGUUUCUACCUUGGGUGCCAUGCACCACCGGAACCUUGUGCCUGUAAAAGGCUUCUGUUUUGAGUCAAAACAAAAGAUUCUACUUUAUGAGUACAUCACUCGGGGAUCUUUGGAUAAGUGGCUAUUUGGUGCCAAGCAGGACAAAAAUGAAGGAAAUUGGCAGCAAAGGCUUGAUAUUGCUCUUGGGGUGGUGCGAGCCCUCGCUUAUUUACACUCCGAGUGUCCACAAUGCAUAGCUCAUGGGAAUCUGAAGCUCGAGAAUGUCAUGGUAGAUGAGAAGUUGGUUCCGAAGUUGACUGAUUUUGGACUUCGGAGCUUACUCCAAAAGGAAGCAGGUUCUUCGUUAGAGUCACCAUGGGAGAGAGAUAUUUACAUGCUUGGAGAAAUGUUACUGCAAAUUGUGACAUGCAAGAGGAAUAUUGUAGGAGACAGUCCGCAGAAUAUAAUCAACGAGUUGAUUCAAGAACGAAAAAUUGAGGCUAGUGAGGAGUGGAUAGCAGUCGAAAGAGUGGUGAGGAUAGCUUUGUGGUGUAUGCAAAAUAAACCCUUUCUAAGACCUUCAAUCGCGGAAGUGGUUAAGGUGGUAGAAGGUACACUUUCAGUAGAUAGGCCCCCGGCUGCUGUUGCUGUUAGAGACGAGACUCAGACGGACGAGAAACUCACAACCGACGUAGAGGUAGAAUCCGAGAGGAAAAGUUUUGGAGGAAUAAGAGAGUGCUAACAUCAGACACCACCUCGAGGUUUAACCGGGAAUGGGGCGAAUUCUGGGAGUUCAAAGUUUUUGCUAGAUUGAACCCUAGAACCUUGAUAUUCUACUGAGAAGUUUUUGGUUCUUGAAAACUUCUCAUGGCAUUAACAAGUUAGUGGCAGAUGUUUGCUUGAAAAGUCCAACAUCUUAUUUUUGGUUCUUCAUGGUGAGUUUUGAGUGACUUAAAACUUGUAUCAUUGUUGCUUUUCACAACCAUGCCUGUGUAAUUAUGUUCUCAGUUAUUCAAGUAACUGAGUAAUUAAAUGAAUUACCACCAAGUUUACUGGCUACUAAUGCUUUUAUGUAAAGUUCUAAGUUUCUUAUUCAAUGACUAGAGAUUAAUUGUUUAGGCUUGGCCUUUGAAGUGUCAUGCUAAUUUUUAUUGAAAAAUCAUGAUGUCUUGUGGAUUUUUUUAUUUUAUUUUUUAUUUUUAUUUUUAUUUGUUAUCUAUGAGGUCCAACCCUUAAAAUAAGAUACUAUGAGUCACAAA